ACCCACUUGGCGUCCAUGCAUGCACCCACGCCCGUCUUCAUGCCAAGCUUAAACGGCCAUCGACCAGACCACUGCUCUGCCGCUCUGCAAGGUGACUGUUGUCUGCUAGAGAUCCUCCUGAUAAUCAAGCCAGGCCUCGUCCCUCCAGCACAGCAGCGAGCCAUGCCCUGCGACGACAAGUGCGGCUGCGCCAUGCCGUGCCCGGGCGGCGCCGCCUGCAGGUGCGCCGGGAAGAAGCAGAGCAGCGGCGGCGGGGCGGUGCCGGUGAACCCCGCGGCCGUGGCGCACACCACCUGCACCUGCGGCGAGCACUGCUCCUGCAGGCCGUGCCCCUGCGGCCGGCUCGGCUCCGGCGACGGCGCCGGCAGGGCCGACUGCACCUGCGGCCCCACCUGCACGUGCGUCGUCUGCACCGCCUGAUCAAUCCAUCCAUCGGACUCGUAGCGCUCCCUGUGUCUGUUGCUUCAGAUGUACUGUACCACCACUGUCACCUACUCAUGGCAUGAAUAAGAAUCGUUCAUCUUCA